UGGCUAACACGCACGUAUGUCCUCCAGUCUGAGGGGCUCUGAGCCACACUGUUUCAUCUGCUGCUAUCAGGGCUGAUGAGAGCCUCUUGUCUUUCUGGGUCUGCUGCAUCUGCUGUGUGGUCUUAUCAUCAUGAUAUCCAUGUGGGUGUCAGUGAUUGUCAUGCUGGUGGCAUUUGUGAAUGGAGCGAGAAAUGAGGAGGACAUGGAGCCGUGUGCAAAGGUCCAGACGUCCAGCUCAGUGGUGCCUCUGGGGUCAACCGUCACAGCCACCUGUGUCAUCAGAGACGGCUGCCCUCUGCUCAUCGGACAAGCCGUUCACAUCGAGUGGCUCCUUGGCAAUCGCUUGUUCCCCGGCAGCCCCGUGGCCAACGAGAGCGGCAGGGUGUCCGAGGUGGUUAUACCGAGCUUCAAUCACACCAGGGAGUUCCUCUCCUGCUGUGUGCAGGGCUCGCCCGUCGGAGGAGUGGAGAUCAGAGCUGGAUAUCCACCAGAAGCACCACAAAACAUCAGCUGUCAGACGAACCUCACCACCCCCAACACCCUGACCUGUAGCUGGGAUCCUGGGCAGCGGGAGACCCACCUGCACACACAGUACACCCUCCACACACAGAUACGGGACAGCAACGAGAACUUCACUUACGAGCUGCUUGCGGGAGUCCAGCGUUAUAUUAUUCCUCGCUCUGGCUUUGUCCUCUUCUCAGAUAUGGAAAUAUAUGUGAAGGCGGUGAAUGAACUUGGAGAAGCAACCUCAGCUCCCAUAACUUUGGAACCCGUCAGCGCAGCUAAGUUUGACCGACCAACGAUUCUGAAGUUUCAAGCUUCGCCUAAAAGCUACAGCUGCCUAAAGCUGAGCUGGAGUUUAUCUCAGCACCAAGCCUGGAUGUGUGACCAGCUGAACCUGGAAGUCCAACUUAAGACCGGCGACAGCAGCCAAUGGAGCGCACCACCAAUCCUGGUGAGCCGGAUUAGACCAACCAGAUCUGUGGACCAGUGCCGUCUCCUCCACGGGACUCAGUAUCUCGCCCGGAUCAGAGUCAGAUACCAGCAGAGCCCCUGGAGUGAAUGGAGCAACCCCCAGUCUGGAGUCACCUUGGAGAAGGCUCCCACCGGACGCCUAGACUCGUGGAUGAAGGUGUCGGUGGAUCACGUGCACAAACAACUCAACGUUCACUUGUUUUGGAAGCCAUCAAAACAAUUCCGUGCCAACGGACAAAACGUGUCGUACUUUGUCUCGGAGAGAAAGCCGCCAGGUGAGAUUGGAAAGGUGUGCUCUACGAAGGGGAAUCACUGUACUUUCCAGAUUCCUGGGAGAGUGAGGAAAGUGUAUCUGAGCGCUGUGAAUGCAGCCGGGAAAUCCCCCCCCACUGAAGUUCGGAUUUACCAACCGAAAGCUCGUGCGGUGAUAUCAGACGUCUUGGUCGUUCCUCUUGCCAACGGUUCCCUGCUGGUUGAGUGGAGACUCCUGGCGUCUUUAAGUCUCACUGGUUUCGUGGUGGAAUGGAGACCUUUGUUAAAGACAGACCUCUCCUUCACCCAGUUUGAAAUAACGGACGGAAACCAGACUCGCCUCGUUAUAACAGGCAGCUUUGAGCCCUACAAGCCCUAUGGGAUCUCUGUGUAUCCCAGGUUUAGGGAUGGAAUAGGCCUUCCUCAGACUGUUAAUGCCUACUCCAAACAAAAGGCUCCAUCCAUGGUUCCAACAUUACAAAUGAAAAAGAGCUGGCAGUCACAUAUCGAGCUAACCUGGGAUGAAAUACCUUUAGACCAAAGGAACGGAAUCAUCCAGAACUACAGAGUCUUCUACUGUGAUAAGGAGGGACCCACUAACGUGGUGACUGCUGACCCUAAAGAGAGGAGGGUGCUCCUGAAAGGCCUCCACACUGUGUCUCUGUAUGAAGCUUUCAUGAUGGUCAGCACGUUUGGCGGGAGCCGGAACGGGUCGAAGAUUCAUUUUGAAAUUGAGCCCUUCGACGCUGUUGCCGUUGUGACAAUCGUCACCGUGUCUGGUGUCGGACUGUCACUGUUGGUCAUAAUCACGGUCAUAACUUUCUUCUCCAACCAACAAAGGCUGAAGAGGCGCUUUUGGCCAGCUGUUCCUGAUCCGGCAAAUAGCAGCAUCAAGAGAUGGACAUCAGAAUCAACACAGGAUUCCCAUCUUGACUGGGACAACGAGGCGCCCAAUCCAAUGUACCUGUCCCACCUGAGCUUCCUGGACCUUCCUGUGAAACUAAGCAAAGAGGACGACGACGUAUGGUUAAGCAGCGCAGAGGACACCAGUGACCUGGGAGAGUCCAUUUGUGGUUCACCAUUCAUCCCUGGCUACUCUACUGGUUCAAACAGCGACUCCGUGCCUUACGCUACCGUUGUCUUCUCCAGUCCGAGCAACAGCCCUACGCCUAAAGACCCUCGCGUGUACCUGCGGUCUGAGUCCACACAGCCCCUCUUGGAGACUGAAGAAUCAUUCAGUCCAAAGUGCUACCAGAAUAUGGAAACUGAGGUGAGUCAGAGUGAGCAAUGUUUCUUUGGACCGUCCCAUGACUGUGUACCUGAAAAAGGGACCGACGCUUGCAUUGUGUGGAAUGACUUUCCUUUUCUACGAGCCUUGAAUGAUACUCAAGAUGACUAAAAGUGCUUUGCAGAAUAUAAGAGUUGCUGAUUUGCAAGAUGUUCAUGUAUAUCUGAGUUUGUGUAAUGAGAAGGUUGCGAUCAAUUGAUUGAGCGGAGUGCACAGCUGUAAAUAAAUGCAAGAUUAGAUGCUAAAAUCACUUUGAUAUUUAAUGAUUAUGGUGUUUUACUGAAGAAGAAGUCGAUGUUGUUGAGAUGUUGUUGUGGUUUGUAUGAGGACUGUUUAUAGAGUUUCUUUGAAUAAAAUAAUUAAACCGUAUAAAGACAGAAAAAAUUGUUUUCCUGCUGACUGGUCUUUUUUUCCUCAUUAAAAUUGGUUUCUCAUGAA